AUGCACGCCGUCGCGUCUGUGUGGUCCCUCACGCGUGAGGCUUUUCCCAUGCUCACAUGUGCGCUGUUGGGCCUCUUGAUGUCGGGCUUGGAGUUGGAUCAGAUGGCGACGUGGCCGGCGUUUGUCAAGGUUGACAAGUUUUUGAUCCUUGUUCCGAUCAUGUUCAACCUGAAAGGCAAUCUGGAAAUGAAUCUGUCUUUACGAAUGGGCACAGCCGCAAAUAUCGGCGAGAUCGACAAUUACCGUACGCGCCGAGCGCUGGUCACGGGCAAUAUGGCCUUGCUUCAAGUACAGGCACUCAUUGUGGCGAUCGUGGCCGGGCUGCUUUCUUUCUUUCUUGGACACCAUGACCGUACAGCCCCUGCUGCUGCUGCUGCCGUCCCCUCGUCAACGUUGCAUGUGCGUGGCCCUGUGCAUGCCCAGCGGCCGCAAAACGAUAAGGCGUUGCGUUUGCGGGAUGGCUACUUUGAGUUCGCCCUUGUCCUAGCUGUUGCACAGCUUGCCGCUUCGAUGUCGUCGGCGGUCCAGGGCUCCUUUGUAUGUGCCUUGGUUGUGGUGUCACGUCGAUUUGGGUUGGAUCCGGACAAUACAGUCGUCCCCUUAGCCGGCUCCCUGGGCGACCUGAUUACACUGACUUUGCUAGGCAUGUUGAGCUCUGGCCUCCUUCGCUUCGAAGGUACCGGUCUCGCGACGUUUUUGUUCAUCGGCCUGGUUCUCAUGUGCAUCGUCUUUGCCCUGUUUACGUUACGCAAUGCCUAUGUACAUGAAUUGCUGGGCUACGGAUGGGUCCCACUAUUUGCGGCUGCGGGGAUCAGUUCCAUGGCAGGGGUCUUGUUAGAGCACAAUGCUCUGCGCUUUGAAGGGUAUGCUCUCUUAGCACCGAUCGUCGCUGGGAUCCCCGGGAUUACAGCUGCGGUACACACCUCGCGUCUCUCAUCUGCGCUGCAUGCACGUCGGUUCGUGGCACGGACGCGACCCACACAUGGCGCAGAUUAUAUCCCGCUGGACGGUCGGGAGGACUUGCCUUCUGCACCUCCGCCUGCAACCACGUUCCGCCAGCAAUGCCUUGAAUCCAUCCGGCCCCAAGUGCACGAAUGGUCGACGCCUAUCACGCUACUGCUCAACGCGGUGGUAUUGCAGUGGCUGUUCUUUGUCUUUUUGCGUGUGACAGGGGUACUGACAUUUGGGUGGCUCUUUGGUCUGGGCCUCGCCAUCAUGUCCAUCAGUCUCGCGAUGUUUGCUCUGUUCUUCUCGCACAUGCUAUGCCUCUUUUUAUGGUACUGGGACUAUGAUCCAGACACUUCAUGCAUGCCGUUCAUGACAGCGCUCGUCGAUGCCUAG